UUACCGCAGGCAAUCGCAAUUCAGUGAUCUGAUUUUCGUGGUGAGUCGGCGACUGACGAGGCCCCCACUCGGCAAUCGAACGAUCUUUUCCGGCGCUCCGCAGGCAACAUAGAAGCUGUGCCUUCGUGUUUCUUUUUCUGCGCCCGAUCACAUAAUUCUCCAUUUUCGCCAUUAAUUUCUCUCUCGUUUUAUCCACUUUCAAGUUUGGGGUGCUUCCAGUUUCCUGUUCAAACAGGAUUUGCUUAUUAUAUUGAUGGGUUCAGACGAGGAGGUUGUGGAAAUUAGUAGUUUGGAAAGGGGCCUACUGUCGGAAUGCAGUUCUGAUUUGGAGCCUGAAACCGAUGAUGAUCCCGUUUUGUAUGCAGCUUCCUUCCAAGAAAUGGAAGAGAACUUUGUUAAGUAUUAUACAGCACAAUGGGUCCUUUAUUCCUUGCUUUUGAUUUUCGCAUGGGGGAUUGGGUUGUUGAUGCUGCUUUAUCUACCAGUGAGAAGAUACAUUCUGCGGAAAGAUAUUCAAUCGAAAAAACUUUAUCUUACACCAAAUGCCAUAAUCUACAAGGUUACAAGGCCUGUGACUUUUCCAUGUUUUGGAGUAUUGAAGAAAGAGAAGCACGUUUUAUUGCCUUCAGUGGCAGWCAUUAUAGUUGAACAAGGAUAUCUGCAGUCUCACUAUGGAGUUUACUCUCUUAGGAUCGAGAAUGUUGGCAUGAGAAGACCACCUAGUGAUGAUGUUCAAAUUCAAGGAAUUACAGAUCCAAUCGCAUUUAAAAAGGCUGUUCAAAUGCGUCUUUCUGGUAUGAGAAAUGAUGGCUACUCUUCUCAAAUUUCUACAAUUGAAGAAGCUCCGAAUACAAGGGCAUCCCCAUCAAAAUCUCAAAAGUACGACCCAUAUAUUUAUUCAGGGGAAAUAGUACUUCAGAAAGUAGAGGAGGUUGGAAGUUCUGUAAAGAGAGUUCAAACUUUGAUCGAAGAGCAACGGUCUCAAGUGUCUAACCCUUUGGGUUGAGGCAUGUCUCUUUUCGACGCUGCUGUCUGAGCAUGAGAAGGUGUAAUAACAGUCCCGGUUUUAUGAGGAUUGCGUUGCAAGCCGAGUAAGCUGGAAAAUGAAACUGUGUACUCCUAGAAGGAUCUCCUCUGUCAAGUCUGAAUGAGUAAGAUUUGUUCCCAACUCUCUUCUAUAGCUGAUGAGUCUGAAUGACUAUCAAUUUCCAUUAGUAGACUGCUGGUUAAGGCUGUAGUUCUACAAGAAAUGUUCUGGUUUUACUCUUCCUUGUAUAGAUGUAUUUUUACCCUUGAAAACUCCAAAGUAUAUAUACAAAUGGUUUUGGAAGUUUUUUUUUUUUGCUUUUUCAUGUAAAUUACCAUUAUACCCUCUCCUUCCAUCCUCUGCACAAGAACUCUCCUUUCAAAUCUGCCCACAGUUUGAAAAGAGCCUUACCCCCAUGAAGUAAGAUGGAUAAUUUGUUAUUGUUA